AUGUUGAAGGAGGUUCAGAGUCUCGAGGAUCUUCCCGACGAGUACCCGAAGGGGAGUAAACCCAUCUACUCUUAUCAUACCCUUGUUCGAUGUGCUAUUGAAGGAUCAUCGAAUAGGCCGCUGACGGCGGACGAGAUCAUUGAGGGGAUUGAACGACGAUUUUCUUACUUCCGAGAGAACAAGAACGGGAACUGCAAAACGUACCUGGCCAACACCUUGGCCAACACUCCAUGCUUCAUGUCCGGUGGCCGUGGACCACUGCCUACUGAAUUCUACUGGGAAUACGACCCUUCGAACGACCCGCAGCGCAGGUACAGCCUGACAUUCCUCUCACCCCCCACACCUACAUCCAUCCCAACGCCGACACCGCCUCCUCCGUCACUCCCUCAACCAUCGCAGCAGGAACCGUCAACGGAUGCCCUGCUCCUCGUCCAAGAGAUGCAAGCAAUGAUUGCGAAGGAGGUCGAACAGGAGGAGCAGCGUCGGAAGGUGCCCAAGAAGCCCAAGAAGAAGGGCUCGAAGAAUGUACCUGUACCCGAACCCGAACUCGAACCCGAACCCGCACCAAAACCUGUGCCCGUAGCCUUGCCUGAACCUAGCCCGGUUGCAGUGGCCGUUACGGUGACGAACACGAGCGGGAGCGCAGGGAGCUCAUCGGACGAGAAGGCCACAACGCGGUUCCAACCCGUCAGGCGGCCCAUCGAUGACACGAAACACGCAAAGCCGAGGAAGGAGGUGUAUACGGUCUCCUCGUCGCAUGAUAGCGGGUGUUGCAUCAUUGCUUGA